AUGGGCGAUAAAUCAAUAUCCGGUGAUGCAGAUUCAUGGACAAAAAAGGAUUUUAUGAAGUUGGAGAAUCGACUAAAAGACUUUCUUCCUUAUGUUAUCUUGUUUCAAAUACCAGGUGAUAAAUUAUACGAAUUUGUUUGGCUUUUUAAGAAAAUUUUACCAAAGAAAUUGAAGGCUCAAUUAACUCAAUUUCAUGUGAUGCUAAAUACUGAAUUACCACCUUUGGGUAUUAGUUACAAUUUAUUGUUGCGUUUACCCAAACAUCAGAUUGAUUCUUUAUACGUAACGUCCAAACAUGCCGGUAACGUGUGGAUAAACAAGGGCGAGAACGGUCUAAAGAACAGAGAUAAAGUUGUUUUUCAAUUGUUGUUGGGAGGGAGUAGAGAUGGUAUGGACAUUAAAACAUUUCAUGACAUAUGCGACAACAAAGUUGCGAUAGUAUUUAAUGAUGAAGAUGUCAAUGAGGAUUGUAGUGAUAGUGUCCUUAGUAUUUCUACAACGGUAGUUGUACUCAACAAUACUACGAAAAGAAGAUUUUACCUCCUAAUAGUGGUAGUACCUUAUCAUGAAUAUGAGGUUUUCCAAGUAAUCAAUUCCAGAGAAGAGCAUUAUGUUGAAGAAAAUGAGAAAGAAUUGAGCAAUGGAUUGUUUAGUGCUAGUGUUAAAAAUAUUGCUGCUGCUGAUACAUUUAACGAAAGUGAUGAUAGUAAAAUAAAUAUUGGUGAGGAUACAAAGAGUUUUAAAGUGAAGAUAAUAGUUUAG